UUUGACAGCCUCAUGUACUGUCAAGACAGGGCUGAUUUGUUUCAUCCUCAACCGCUCUCUACGUAAUUAUCAUCGUUCUCUUCUGUCCCGCGUCACUGUCAUCAGCACCUGAUACAUUAAGCCCACGGAUUUUGUUGCAUUUUAACACAAGAAGUAUACACUUGUUCAGGAUUACUUUUUGGAACUGUUUUCAGCGAAUUGGUCCCUUCAAGGGUUGAUACGCUGAGAAAUAUAACAUUUUUAAACGGAAAUAAAACACCUGGAUACUUUUGACAAGUUAUGGUCAUAAUGACGUGCUCCCAGGGUUUUCUGGUGGCCUCAAUAUUCGCGCUGCUAACACUGGUGUGUGUUGAUGCUUCAGUGCCUAUCAACAUAACAUACCGGAAUGAUAACCACGUGUGUCCAAGCUCCCGUGCAAGAUGGCAGGACUUCACCGUGUACUUGGAGACGAAACCGAGGCUCUGCAUGAUACAAAUAACCUUCAACGCCCGGUACAAGAGGGAGGCGAUAUAUACCGACACCUGGUGGAGCAAUACAGUCGACUACAUUUACAAAACGGUCUAUGACCCGGUAGUAACGUUCUUGGACGCGUACAAAGGCCACACACUUGAUACACAGGCGUCACCGUUACAGCCCCCGUAUUAGGUUACGCUAGAACUGUUUAUGACCCGGAGGUGAGAAUGGUGGAUCUUCACUCCUGGCAGAACACGUGGUACGGAUAAAGCGUCAUCAGCGCUUACGUCAUCGCUUCCCAUCGGUUCACAUUACGCCAUUACACAUACUGUAAAACGACGUGCAAAUGAGUUUUGGUUAUGAGUAGUACUAUAUUGUCUUCAUCUGAGUUUGUCUAUUAUAGAUAUUUAGCUUAAAUACGAAGAAUAUGAUAUUUAUCUUAUUUCACUGUUUAACACAUCAUGCUUUUGUUUAUUGUUGUAUCCUAUUUUCAGGACUGUAUGUUCAUUUCAUAAAUAUUUAUGUUUAAUACUUAAAAUAUAAAUAAAAAAAGAUUGGUA